CGAACAUAACUCCAUAGUGUGUACAACUCCAUUCUAUUGCCUUUCGAUUUUGCUGUGAUGUUACGCCGUUUAGCUUUGCUCACGGCGCUGUUGGCUUCGGCUGAUGCUUUUACGAUCCAUCAAAAACCCGCGAUGGUAUCAGCUUCGACGAGAUUGUCAAUGCGAAGUCCCUUCAUGAUGCCCGAGGAGCCUGACGAAGCCCCCAAACGGGCUCCUCGUCCCCCGCGUGCCCCACCACUGCCCACCGUUGACGGGAAAUCGGGACAAUUAGACGUGGUCAGCCGACUUUUGAAAGACCGCAUUCUGCUCUUAGGAACCGACGUCAAUGAUGAAGUUGCCAACGUGUUGGUUGCGCAGCUUUUGUACCUGGCGAACGAAGAUCCCAACAAGGACAUUACGCUCUACAUCAACUCACCUGGUGGUUCCGUUUCGGCUGGCUUGGCCAUUUACGAUACCAUGAAGUUCAUCCCCUGUGAUGUACAAACAGUUUGCUUUGGUAUGGCCGCUUCCAUGGGAGCAUUCUUGCUGGGCGCCGGGACUCCCGGCAAGCGCAAGAGCCUACCCAACGCCCGGAUCAUGAUUCAUCAGCCACUGGGAGGUGCGCAGGGGCAGGCCCAGGAUAUCGAAAUCCAGGCCAAGGAAAUUCUUUACACCAAGGCACUGCUGAACAAAUUUAUUGCGGACUAUACCGAUCAACCGGAAGAGAAAAUUGCCGCCGAUUGCGAUCGGGACUUCUUUAUGACUCCAUACGAGGCCCUGGACUAUGGUAUCAUUGAUGAGGUCAUCAAGACGAAAACGUCGCACAUUCCCAUGCCGGCCAUGCCGAGUCUCCGAAACUAAGGUGGCACCUAUUUGAAAUACUGUAGACACGCUUUAGGCGUAGCUCAAUUUAUAUUUUAGCAGAGAUGCAUUGCUUUUCU